AUGUUCAAUUUGCUAGGAGAUCAAGCAUUCGAAGAUUUGGUUACACGAGUUGAACAAUCACGUGUUGCAUAUCAUUCACAAGCAGAAGAUUUUCGUGAUCUCAAUGGCAGCCUUCAAACAUAUUUGAAAGAUAUUAAAAAAAUCGACGAUGAAAAUCGUCUAUUACAAGAUAAUAUCGAACAAAUACGCACAAAUUAUAUUCUAACAUUAGAUAAUCAUUUGAAACGUCUACCACAGGACUUUCGAGAGCAUAGUCAUGAAUUGACCGAAGCUCAUAUUGAACGUUAUAAAUCGAAAUCAAAGGCUCGACGUUUUAUAAAUGAACGUGAAGAACUUAAAAAAAGAAUAAAUUUUGUUUCGAGCAAUGAAAAAGAACAAACUAAACGUAUCAAUAAUUUACAGCGACAUCAAAAUUUAGUUCAAAAAGAAUUAAAAUCGUUAAAUGAACAAUUACAAAAUUUAUAUGUUUUUGUUGAAAAUGAAAAACAACAACAUCUAAAGGCCAUGAGUAAAGUCGAUGAUUUACAAAUUCAGCUCGAACAUAUUUGUAUUCAACGAUCAAAAACUGAAUUUGAAAUUCAAACUUUACGCGAAGAACUUAAAUUAAUGCAAACAUCAAAAGAAUUCCUAGACGAUGAACAUCAAAUGAUAUUAUCUACACAAGCCGAAGCUAAUGAAUAUCUGUUAUCAUGCUUAAAUGAAUCCAUAACGCGUAUAAGUGAAGACUUCAAUGAACUUAAUAAAGCACAAAUUAAACAAGUAGAGAAUGAAUACAAACAUAUGAUGACAGUUGCAGAAGAAAAUUUUCUUGCUAACGCAAACAAGAAUGAAACAAUGGAGAAUCAUCAACGUGCAGCUCAAAUUGAAUGUGAAAAACUUCAAGAUGAACAUCGAUGUAUGACACAAGAAUUAACCGUAGUUAGUGAUCAUAAUUUAGUUUUAACUGAACAAAUUCUUGCUAUGGAAGCGGAUUUAUAUUCAAUACGUGAUGAGCGCAUGAAAGAAUUAAUGAUUAAAGAUAAUGAAUUAGAACGCAGUAAAAUGGAAUUACAAAGUUUAAACGAAAAAUUAAAUCAUUUAGCGGAAUACGAUAGAAAUUUAAAAUUUGAAUUAACGCUUUAUCGAGGCGUUCUAGAAGGUGAAUAUCGACGAAAACAGCAGCAACUAAUGAACAAGCAAUAUCCGAUACGACCAACAACGUUAAGAACAACAGUAACGCAAAGUAAUAAAACUUCUUCGCUUUUAAACAAUCGAAAUGAAGUCGAAAUGGAUUUCGAAAAGACGAGUGCUGAACUUGAUCAAAUUCUAUCAACAAUGAGCAAGUUCAAGGAGGAAAAAAUUGAAUCGGAUCAUCAAGAAAGUUCAUUACAAGAAGAAACAAUAGAGCCUACAAAUUUUCCCUUACGAACGUCCAUUGAAAAAUUGGAAUCUCCUAUUAUUGUACCCGCUCCAUCAGAUCGAUCGUCACCAUCUACGCCGCAAGCCCGCUUUUCACCUACACAGUUCGACAAUCAACAAUCACCUGCUGAUGCUUGGCAAUCGCCAAGUUCAGCCGCAGGAGUUCAAGUCUAUUUAAUAACGGCAACAAAUGAGUCAACAUCAAUCGCCAAUGUACUGCCAUUUUUAACAGAAGUCUAUCGACCUCCUCCUGUACGUUUGGAAACUUCUCAACAAUUUCCAGAGGCUGCCGAAUCAUCAUUAGCAUCUGUGUUGACCGAUCAAGACAUAUCAUUGUGUGCCCAACUGUCUUCUCCGACUUCGGUUGAUGAACAAGAUCCCUCUGAAAAGAAUCCAUCGGCUGUAGCACAAUUCGAAGAUCAUGAAUCAAGCUCUACAUUGCUCAAAGAAGUUGAAGCACUAUCGAACAUUUCAAUGAUGAGCGAACAAAAAUUCUCAGAUACACAGAAAUCUCCGACAACAUCGAUAAAUACAACACUAUCAAAUGAUCAAUCACCUUCGAAAUCUUUAGAAAAGCAAGAAAUUAUACCCGAUUUCGAACAACCCGAACUCAUUGAAACAUCUCAACAGAAUGCAUCUAAUCAAUUAAAUAAUGAGAAACGAGCUUCUCCAAUUACAGAAGAACAGCCGAUUUCCUCAGAAAUUCAGCAAGAUUCAACGACUGAUGGCACUGUCGGCGAACAACCUUUUCGUGUAAUCUCCGAUGGAUAUGAAAUAGUAACGACUGAAUUGCCAAGUCUUAUAGCAGAAGAGGAUGAAAAUUCGAAUGCAUCAUUAAAUGAAACUAAUGAUAACCAUCAAUCGAGUGGUUCCACGGAACCAUUAACUAUCGAACAACACGACGUCCAUGAAGUCGAACAACAAGAAAUACUAUCGUUAAAUGCUCCUAGUACAUCACUAGAAGAAACUAAAGCAGAAGAACCAACUAGUUUUUCUGACCAACAUAAAAUUGAGGAGAAUAGUAAAAUUCAUUUUAUCUCCUCACCUGGUUAUUAUGGUACAACGAUAAAUAAUGAAGAAUUCAAUGAUCAACCAUUAUCCAAAACACUAUUAGACGAUGUUGAAAGUGAUAUUGUCAAUUCUACUAAAGAUGCUGAUUCGUCUUCUCUCAAAUCAGAAGACAAAAAGUCUCAAGAUUAUGAUGAAUCACAUCUCGAAGCUAUCAUUCAAGAUCUUCGUUAUGUCUAUUGUCAAUUUGCCAAUGAUGAAGAUUUACUUGAAAUCAAUGACGCUUUUCCCGAGAAGUUAAUUGAUCGUCUUGAAUUUGGUGAUAAUCUCAUACGAAUAUUAUUCGAUGGUCUUCUUAGAAAAUAUCUUGUACAACCAGCAAAAGAAGAAAUUCGUUCAAAAACACUCGAUUGGAUCGAAUUUCGUGAUAUACUAUUUCCUAUUCUAACGGGUCGUUAUACGGAAAAACAUAUUCGAAAAUUAUUCGAUUUAUUCGAUUUAAAAAAAGAUGGAUAUUUAUCAUUGGUUCAAAUUGUUGAAUUACUUGAACUGCUUCAAAUUAAUAAUACCGAUGAAUUUACAAGUAAUAUGAUGAAUAAAUUAAAUAAAAAUGAAAAUGACAAAACCAAUUCUGAUGAAUUAAUUGAAGCAAUCAAAGAAUCUGAUGAUGGAAAAACAAAUAUUCUUUCAGAAGAAAUUGAAAGUAAACCUUGGUAUAUGCGUCCUGUUGUCGACGAAGAAAAUCAUGAUAGUAAAUCGAUUUCAUUUGAAGUGCCGAAUUUUAUUUUUCCAAUUAAAAUCAAUGAUAAAGUUCUAGAAAUGAUUAACAAUGGAAUCAUGUUACUCGGACGAAUAUUCAAAAGAGUAGGCGCUGAUAUCGAGACAAAACAACUCGACAGUAAUAAACCAGCGUUAUCAAUGAAAUUAACAAAUGAAUUUAUACAUAAUAACGUACACAUAUCAAGCGAUGAUCUUGAAGCGUUUAUUGAAUUAUAUUUAAAUAGGAAAAGAAACUCCGAUGUUUUUAUUAAUUGGGUUGAAUUUCGAGAUCUGUGUUUACCAUUUGUUAUCGGUGGAAAUUUUGUAAAAGAAGAUAUAGAACGAUGGUUUGACGUUUUCGAUGACAAAGAACAACGAAUAAUUAUUCCGGAACAAGUUCUUCAUUUACUUCGACUCUUACAAGUACCGAAUCCAGACGAAAUCCUCAAAAAAAUGGUGGAACUUGCCGACGCAUAUACAAAUAAUAACGAUAAUUCAUGGACACAGGGAGAAUUGAUCUUCGCGUUGGAUAAUAUCGAUGAAAUGGCAGCACGAAUUCUGCCAAGUAACCAGCUCAUUCUAUCAUAUGAUCUCAACUGGUUUAAAAAGAUAUAA